UAGGGAGCAGCCUGUUGCCGGCAGCCCUCAGCUUUAGACACAGCGAGGCGUGGAGCGGCCUCAGCACCUAGGCCUUACCCUCCCGGAGGGGGCUGGCCGCCCCGGCCGGGCUGCGCCGGAUCAUCCCACCCCGCCGGGCGGUCACCUCAGCAGGAGGAGUCGCCGUCGUUUCGCCUCCGCUCCCGCAAGACCUGACGGCAGUACGCCUCGCCGCGCCGAGCCCGUCGCCAUGCAAACAGGGAAGACAGCCGGGAGCCGGGAGGGCUGCAGGCCCUUACAGCUCACCAUGAAGAGGGGCUACGAGGUGCUCCGUGACCCGCACCUCAACAAGGGCAUGGCUUUUACCUUGGAGGAAAGGCAACAACUGAAUAUCCAUGGACUGUUACCACCUUGCUUUCUCAGUCAAGAUGUGCAAGUUUUGACUAUUCUUAAGAAUUUUGAAAGGCUGACAUCCGACUUAGACAGAUAUAUUCUACUAAUGAGUCUUCAGGAUCGAAAUGAAAAGCUUUUCUAUAAAGUGCUGACAUCUGACAUUGAAAAGUUCAUGCCUAUUGUUUAUACUCCCACUGUGGGACUGGCGUGCCAGCAUUACGGUUUAGCAUUUCGGAGGCCACGGGGUCUUUUUAUUACAAUACAUGACCGUGGACACAUUGCUGGAAUGCUGAAGUCCUGGCCAGAAAGUGUCAUCAAGGCUAUUGUAGUGACAGAUGGAGAACGUAUUCUUGGUCUUGGAGACCUUGGCUGUUAUGGAAUGGGCAUCCCAGUUGGUAAACUGGCACUUUAUACAGCAUGUGGAGGAGUAAAACCUUUUGAGUGCCUACCUGUGAUGUUGGAUGUGGGAACAGAUAAUGAGGCAUUGCUGAAAGAUCCUUUGUAUAUUGGGCUGAGACAUAAGAGAAUCAGAGGUCAAGCCUAUGAUGAUCUUCUUGAUGAAUUCAUGGAAGCUGUGACUUCAAGUUAUGGCAUGAACUGUCUCAUUCAAUUUGAGGAUUUUGCUAAUGUUAAUGCAUUCCGCCUGCUGCAUAAGUACCGUAACAAGUAUUGCACUUUCAAUGACGACAUUCAAGGAACAGCGUCUGUUGCGGUUGCAGGUCUUCUUGCAGCUCUGCGUAUCACUAAGAACAGGUUAUCGGAUCACACAGUGUUGUUCCAGGGAGCUGGAGAGGCUGCACUGGGGAUAGCAAACCUAAUUGUUAUGGCUAUGGAAAAAGAAGGGAUGUGUAAAGAUGCAGCUGUCAAAAGGAUAUGGAUGGUUGACUCAAAGGGCUUGAUAGUGAAGGGGCGUGCCUCAGUAACAGAAGAGAAAAGUCGUUUUGCACAUGAACAUGCUGAAAUGAGAAAUCUAGAAGAUAUUGUUAAAGAUAUAAAACCAUCCGUGCUAAUAGGAGUCGCUGCAAUUGGUGGUGCUUUUACUAAAGAAAUUCUUCAGGAUAUGGCUGCUUUCAACAAAAAUCCUAUUAUUUUUGCUCUCAGCAAUCCUACCAGCAAAGCAGAGUGCACUGCUGAGCAAUGCUACAAAUAUACAGAGGGACGUGGUAUUUUUGCCAGUGGAAGUCCUUUUGAUCCCGUCACUCUUCCAAAUGGAAAAACUCUAUAUCCUGGGCAGGGUAACAAUUCCUACGUGUUCCCUGGAGUUGCUCUCGGUGUUAUUUCGUGCGGACUGAAACAUAUUGGCGAGGACGUGUUCCUCACAACUGCUGAGGUAAUAGCUCAGCAAGUUUCAGAGGAGAACUUACAGGAAGGCCGCCUGUACCCUCCUUUAGUCACAAUUCAGGAGGUGUCACUGAAGAUUGCUGUGAGGAUUGCAGAAGAAGCCUACAGGAAUAACACCGCCACCACCUACCCUAAACCCAAGGACCUUGAAGCCUUCAUCCGUUCGCAGAUGUACAGCACUGAUUAUAACAGCUUUGUGGCUGACUCGUACACCUGGCCUGAAGAAGCGAUGAAAGUGAAACUGUAAAUACUUCACGAAGAAUAAGCAAAUCAGCAGCAGUGGAAAAGCACUGAAAUAUUCAGAAGGUUUCUGCCUAGAGAGCCGAAGAGUAGAUAAUUUUGUAAGAUUCAGAACAAGUUUUCUAAAUCGCAAUGUUUGAUUAGAAACUCAGAUUAAGAAGUCGUAAUGAUACACAAAACAAAAUAAACAUUAAUCUGAGGGUUGUA